AUGCUUGGACUAGGCCGACCAAAAAUCCUGAGAAAGAACACUUCAACCAUCCUCGAGUUCAUCACGGGUAAAACGAUCGAGGAGAUCAACGAUCUGAAAUACGUCCAACUCCAAUUAGCCCUCCCAGACUUACUUGACGACGAGCUCGACGGUGACCUCCCGGGUCCCAGUACCUUUAACGAAGCCUCCAUCUUUGCCUUUCCGCAACCUCUUCAACACCGCGACCUCCAUACAACCACCAGAACUUAUAGAAAGAUGCCUGCCGCGAAGGACUCCAAAAAUGCUGGCGAGGAUGAAGACAAGCAGACCGGCUCCAUCUUCUCCGUCUCGGGACCUGUCAUUGUUGCUGAACACAUGAUUGGUGUUUCUAUGUACGAGCUGUGUAAAGUUGGUUAUGACGAGCUAGCUGGUGAAGUCAUUCGGAUUGAGGCAGACAAAGCUACCAUUCAGGUCUACGAAGAGACUGCUGGUGUCACCGUUGGUGAUCCCGUCAUUCGAACUGGUAAACCCUUAUCAGUCGAACUUGGCCCUGGCUUGAUGGAAACAAUCUAUGAUGGUAUCCAACGACCUUUGAAGACCAUCGCUUCCAGCACCAACAGUAUUUACAUUCCCCGUGGUAUUGCAGUACCCUCUCUCGAUCGAAAGAAGAAAUGGCCCUUCACUCCAACUGCAAAAGAAGGUGACAACAUCAGUGGUGGCGAUGUUUGGGGUGUUGUCGUUGAGAACACUCUUCUGAAUGAACAUCGAAUCUUGCUCCCACCCCGAGCCAAGGGUACAAUCAAGAAGAUCGCCAAAAAGGGAGAGUACACAGUCGACACACCCUUACUCACCCUCGAAUUCAAUGGAGAAACAAAGGAAUACCCCAUGAUGCACACAUGGCCAGUCCGUGUCCCUCGACCGGUCAGCGAGCGUCUUGAAGCAGAUUCUCCAUUCAUUGUCGGUCAACGAGUGCUUGAUGCCUUGUUCCCAUCCGUUCAAGGUGGUACCGUCUGCAUUCCUGGAGCCUUCGGUUGUGGCAAGACUGUCAUUUCCCAGUCCGUCUCCAAAUUCUCAAACAGUGACAUUAUUGUCUAUGUCGGCUGCGGUGAGCGAGGCAAUGAGAUGGCAGAAGUUCUGAUGGAUUUCCCCGAGCUCUCCAUCACCAUUGAUGGUCGCAAAGAAGCUAUCAUGAAGCGUACAUGUUUGAUUGCCAAUACCUCCAACAUGCCUGUCGCUGCUCGUGAAGCUUCUAUCUACACUGGAAUUACGGUAGCAGAAUAUUUUCGGGAUCAAGGAAAGGCUGUUGCGAUGAUGGCAGACUCGUCGUCUCGAUGGGCUGAAGCUCUGCGAGAACUUUCUGGCCGUCUGGGAGAAAUGCCUGCGGAUCAAGGUUUCCCAGCUUAUCUUUCUGCCAAGCUUGCUUCCUUCUAUGAGCGAGCAGGUGCAUCUAUUGCUCUGGGCUCUCCUGAGCGCAAGGGUAGUAUCUCGAUUGUGGGUGCUGUCUCCCCUCCUGGUGGCGAUUUCUCCGAUCCGGUCACUUCUGCCACUCUUGGUAUUGUGCAAGUUUUCUGGGGGCUGGACAAGAAAUUGGCUCAACGAAAACAUUUCCCCAGUAUCAACACUUCUCUGUCGUACAGCAAAUACACCAACAUUCUGGACAAGUUCUACGAGAAAGAUCACCCCGAGUUCCCCAAGCUACGAAAUCGCAUCAAGGAACUUUUGACUAAUUCUGAAGAUCUCGAUCAAGUCGUGCAGUUGGUGGGCAAAUCGGCACUUGGUGACUCGGACAAGAUUGUUCUUGACGUUGCGGCUAUGUUGAAGGACGAUUUCUUGCAACAAAAUGGAUACAGUGAUUACGAUCAAUUCUGCCCGCUAUGGAAGACAGAAUACAUGAUGAAGGGCUUCAUGCAAUUCCACGAUGAGGCACAGAAGGCUGUGUCCAGUGGUCUAUCUUGGGCCAAGAUCAGAGAGGCCACUUCGGAAAUUCAGCACGGUCUGAGAAGCAUGAAGUUCGAGCUCCCAGACAACGAGGAAGAGGUCAGCGGCAAAUACGACAAACUAUUGCAAAACAUCUCGGAGAAGUUUGCAAGUGUUUCGGAUGAGUAG